AUGGACGUGGAGUCAUGUUGGUUUCGUUUCGUGGUGUUGUUGUUCAACUGUCUCCUGACAGUUGGCUCUUAUUUCUGUUUCGACAUGCCAAGUGUGCUACAAGCUGAAUUUCAAGGUGUACCGAAUGUGACUUGCCUGAAUCAGACAAACUCUUCGGGACAAUGCUGUCAGGACUGUUUAGGAUUGUCUCCAGCUAACUACAACCUUCUCUACGCCAUCUUCUCGUGGACGAAUUCUGUUAUUGUUCUUUUUGCGGGUUACUUCAUAGACAAGGUCGGUAACCGGGUGGGGUCGUUAUUGUUCUCCUCAGCCAGUCUGACAGGGGCCUGUGUAUUUGCUGUGGCCACGCAUCCCGCCUUACGUCACACGGCGGCCAUGUUCCCGCUCCUUAUGGUCGGUCGUCUGCUUCUGGGGUCAGGAAACGGCUCUCUGCGGCUCGUCCAGGAUCGGGUGACAGCGUUUUGGUUCAAAGACAAGGAGCUGGCCAUGGCGUUUGGGAUAACCUUGUCGUUUUCUCGGCUGGGCAGCGUCCUCAACUUCUUACUCACGGAAAACGCAGCCAUCAACAAAGGACUUAGUUGGGUUCUUUUGGGAGGAGCGGUGUUGUGCGGAUGCGGACUUCUGGCAGCCCUCGUCCUCAGUGCUGUAGACCUGUACGGAGUCAAACAACUUGGGCAACUAGAGACUGUCAACAUCCAGUCCAAGGCAGUGAGAAACAUCUCAUGUCAUAUUUGUAGAAUGUUCUUCCAGAAAUUGACGGACGUGAAGCGAUUUCCGUUGGUGUACUGGCUGUUGGUUCUGGUCAUCGUAUUCUUCUACAGUUCCGUCCUUCCGUUCAUAGCAGAUUCCAGCAAAUUCUUCCAAGACAAGUAUGGUGCUUCUAAAACCAUCUCUGCUUACUACUCCGGUGUCGUGUAUGAUGUUUCCAUGGUGAUGUCUCCCGUGAUUGGAAUCCUUGUUGACAGGCUGGGGUAUCGAGGAUGGAUAAUGUUAGCUUGUUCCGCGCUCACCAUUCCCAUGUUCCCGCUGCUGGCGUACACUGACAUUCAUCCGUUGGCCGUUACUGCAUCGAUGGGCUUCACUUACGUCAUUGCUGCAAUAAGCACGUGGCCGACACAGGCGUUGGUUGUUCCCAUGGCUACCGUAGGUACUGCUUUUGGGAUAACGACAUGCGCACAAGGUCUGGGCAUGGGGCUGACGAAUGUGGGGGUCGGUCAGAUUCUCGGAUCAGACACCCAGUGA